AUGACCACUUCUCUUCUUCCUCCAAAUGCAAUUCCUCGUCAGGUUUCAGUGCCACAUAUCGAAUGGAAACCGUCGCGCUAUUUGACUGAACCGCAACCUCCACCUGUCGAUGAGACUAUGAGAAUGCAGGAGCUCGAGGCUGCGGCCCGUGCGUUAGCAGAUGGAAAACCCAUAAAGAAGACGCGACCACGGAGGACGGUUGAUUACAAUGGACCAUUGGGUCGCUGGGCUCUGCUCCGGAAAUUACGCCCAAACCAGGGAUAUCUGCCCCAUGUCCGACCCGCUGUCCCAUUCAUCAUCGACCUCUACCCACCAAAAGCAUAUCGUGAUAACGCGUCGACUUCGCUCUGCACCAAGUUCAUCCACACGUCCACGAACAAAAUACGAUGUCCAGUCAACGUUGUCACCUGGACUCCCGAAGGGCGGCGCGUGCUCACAGGCUCCACCAGCGGCGAAUUCACGCUGUGGAAUGGGCUUACCUUUAACUUCGAAACCAUAUUACAAGCACACGACACUGCUAUCUGCACGCUGACAUUCACCCACUCUGGCCAGUAUCUCGCGUCGGCAGAUAAGGCGGGAACGAUCAAGUAUUUUGAACCCAAUAUGAACAAUUUGGCCGCCUGGCAAGGGUCUAAUGGCCGCGAGGCGAUCCGUGGUCUGAGCUUCAGUCCGGACGACAGGCGCUUUGCAACUGCCAGCGACGACUCGAGUGUGAGGAUAUGGUCUUUCCAGGAGCGGAAAGUCGAGAGCGUUCUAACUGGUCACGGUUGGGACGUCAAAUGUGUCGAAUGGCAUCCGACAAAAGGACUUUUGGUCUCUGGCAGUAAAGAUAACGAUAUCAAGUUUUGGGACCCACGUUCAGGCACAGUUCUCUCAACAUUACAUCACCACAAAAACACCAUCCAAGCACUAUCAUGGUCCCCCAAUGGGGAUCUCGUUGCUAGUGCUUCUCGAGACCAGACAGUCCGCGUAUUUGAUAUUAGAGCUAUGAAAGAAUUCCGCAUCUUCAAGGGUCAUAAGAAAGAGGUUUGCUCUGUAACAUGGCACCCUGUCCACCCCAUUCUUGUUUCUGGCGGCUCUGAAGGUGCUAUCUUACACUGGGAUUUGGGCACCCCCGAACCUGGCUUCGGCCAGCCAGCGGCCCCCCCUCGCGCAAGCCUCGACCAAGCACACGACUCUAAUGUCUGGUCCCUCCAAUUCCACCCGCUCGGCCACUUGCUCGCCAGCGCCUCCAACGACCAUACGACGCGUUUCUGGUCACGUGAGCGUCCUGGCGACACCUCGAGUGUGUUUGCUGGGGGAGGAGCGCGGCCCGCAGAGGCACCUGAACAAGACAUGGAGCAGUUUGAAGAGGAAGACUCGCUGCCAGGGCUGGUGCCUGGGUUUGGAGGUGGGCCGGCACCGGGGCCGUGGUGGGGAAGGGAUGAUGGUGGUGGGCAGCAAACAGACGCCUUCGGUCGGAAUUCGCGGGCUGGGUAUGGUGAUGGCGCUGAUGAUAGCUUCGGUGGUGGUGGUGGUGGUGGGGACGACUCGUAUGAUGAGUCGUGGAAUGGGAAUGGGAACGGUCAGGACUGGAGGGGAAAUGGCCGGAGAGGGCAAGCGCAGGGUCGUUGGCAGGGUCAGCAAGGUCAGCAGCGGUACCCUCAAAAUAAUAGAGGGCGGUAUUGA